UGUCACUGUGGACCAAAGCAUUGUGGGAAAGACGCGUAGCUGGCAAUGGUGACGGCUGAUGGCGUGAACACCGCAGCUGAAAUUGGCCGAAUAUCUCAUACAGCGAAUGGCAUGAUAAAUGAUAUUUCAAAGAACAAUGGUGCUUAAGGAAGCCCUCGUCCACCGCCUGUGAAGAAAGCCGACAUAUGUUCGAGGGUUGCCGCCAACAUCAGGAAAAGUGGCGUUCAGUGUCAAUGGACGCUUGUGCGAAUUUUAUUCUCCAGAGUAGGCGAACAAGUGGAGCUCGUUGUGUCUCAGGGUGGUCCAGCGGUUUGAAGUGUGGGAUUGGUUUUUAACUGAAGAAACGACAAGAUGUCGACCAGCAGUCCCGAAGCGGUGAAGAAAUUGCUGGACAACAUGCAGACGGACCUGCGCUCCCUUUCCAUGGAGUGCAAGAAGAAAUUCCCCCCAGUCAAAGAGGCCGCAGAGUCGGGCAUUGUGAAAAUAAAGACGAUCGCUGCAAGGAAUACAGAAGUUCUCGCAGCUCUGAAGGAGAACAGCUCGGAGGUGGUGCAGCCCUUCCUCAUGGGGUGUGGCACCAAGGAGCCCAAGAUCACCCAGCUGUGCCUGGCCGCAAUCCAGAGGCUGAUGACCCACGAGGUGGUCUCCGAGGCGGCAGCGGGGAACAUCAUCAACAUGCUGUGGCAGCUGAUGGAGAACGGCCUGGAGGAGCUGAAGCUGCUACAGACGGUCCUGGUUCUUCUCACCACCAACACCGUGGUGCAUGACGAGAUCCUGUCCAAGGCCAUUGUUCUGUGUUUCCGGCUACACUUCACCAAGGACACCAUCACCAACAACACGGCGGCCGCCACCGUCCGGCAGGUGGUCACGGUGGUCUUCGAGAGGAUGGUCGCCGAGGACGACCGGUUCAAAGGUAUCAUGGAGCAGCCCCCACCCAUCCAGGGCAACACCAACAGGCGGUCCGUCAGCACACUCAGGCCCAGUGCGAAGGACGCCUACAUGCUGUUCCAGGACCUGUGCCAGCUAGUGAACGCAGACGCCCCCUACUGGCUGGUGGGCAUGACGGAGAUGACCCGGACCUUUGGCCUGGAGCUGCUGGAGUCCGUCCUCAACGACUUCCCCGAGGUCUUCCUACAGCACCAGGAGUUCAGCUUCCUGCUAAAGGAGCGCGUCUGCCCCCUGGUCAUCAAGCUGUUCUCCCCCAACAUCAAGUUCCGUCAGGGCAGCAGCAGCGGCGGCGGCGGCGGUGGCGGGGGCAGCUCGGCCACACCGCCCCCCGUGGAGAAGCCCUACUUCCCCAUCUGCAUGAGGCUGCUGCGCGUGGUCUCGGUCCUCAUCAAGCACUUCUACAGCCUGCUGGUGACAGAGUGUGAGAUCUUCCUGUCUCUGCUGGUGAAGUUCCUGGACGGAGAGAAGCCCCAGUGGCUCAGAGCGGUAGCCGUCGAGUCGGUGCACAGACUGUGUGUUCAUCCACAUCUGCUACGGUCCUUCUGCCAGUCGUACGACAUGAAGCCCCACUCCACCAAGGUGUUCAGGGACAUCGUCAACGCCCUGGGCUCCUUCAUCCAGUCCCUCUUCAUCACUCCCAACGCCGGGAACCCCGCCGCCGCGAACACAGCCGCAGGCGCUGCCGGGGCCCAAGGUGCCUCCCAGGGGGCGCCCGGGUCUGGGGUGGCGGGGAGCGGGGUCCCCACCCAGGCGGCCUUUGAGUACCGGGGCACCUGGAUCCCCCUCAUGAACGUCAGCGUGCAGGGCAGCGCCAAGGCCACCUACCUGGAGAUGCUGGACAAGGUGGAGCCCCCCUCCAUCCCCGAGGGCUACGCCAUGUCGGUGGCCUUCAGCGCGCUGCUGGACCUGGUGCGGGGCAUCACCACCAUGAUCGAGCGGGAGCUGGGCAGGGAGGAGGAGGAGGCCAUCCAGCACCGGGAGGUCCACCCCGACAAGCAGUGGAAGCCCCAGCCCGGCUGCCAAGAAGUGAGGGAGGAGAUGGUCAGCGCCUGCUGGUGCGGCCUGCUGGCGGCCCUGUCCCUCCUGCUGGACGCCAGCACGGAUGAGACGGCCACGGAGAACAUCCUGAAGGCGGAGUUGACCAUGGCGUCGCUGUGCGGCCGCCUGGGGCUGGUGACGCCGCGCGACGCCUUCAUCACCGCCAUCUGCAAGGCCUCGCUGCCGCCACACUACGCCCUGACCGUGCUCAACAGCAACACCUCCAGCCUCUACAGCAAAGCCUACUCCAUCCAGGGCCAGACCGUGCAGAUCAUCAGUCCCUCCAGUGAGUCCCACCAGCAGGUUGUGGCGGUCGGACAGCCCCUCACAGCCCAGCCCCAGGGCACCGUGGUGUUGACUGCUAAGAACAUCCAGUGCAUGCGGACGUUGCUGAACUUGGCCCACUGUCACGGGGCCGUACUGGGCACCUCCUGGCAGCUGGUGCUGGCCACGCUGCAGCACCUGGUGUGGAUCCUGGGCCUGAAGCCUGGCCUCGGGGGGGCUCUGAAGCCCGGGCGGGCCGCCGAAGGACCCAGCACCGUGUUGACCACGGCCGUCAUGACGGACCUGCCCAUCAUCGCCAACGUCCUCUCCAGGCUGUUUGAGAGCUCACAGUACCUGGACGACGUGUCUCUGCACCACCUGAUCAACGCCCUGUGCUCCCUGUCCACGGAGGCCAUGGAGAUGGCCUACGGCAACAACAAGGAGCCCUCGCUGUUUGCGGUGGCUAAGCUGCUGGAGACGGGAUUGGUCAACAUGGAUCGCAUCGAGAUCCUGUGGAGGCCUCUGACCGGUCACCUUCUGGAGGUCUGCCAGCACCCCAACUCCAGGAUGAGGGAAUGGGGGGCGGAGGCUCUAACGGCGCUCAUCAAGGCAGGUCUGGCCUACAAGCACGACCCGCCGCUGACACACAACCAGCGGGUGCAGCUGCUGCUGCUCAGCCCCUUGAAGGAGUUGUCCAACGUGCUGCACGCCGACAUCAGGCAGAAGCAGCUGGAGAGUGUGUUGCAGAUCCUCCAGAGCCAGGGGGACAGCCUGGGGCCCGGCUGGCCCCUGGUCCUCGGGGUCAUUGGUGCCAUCCGCAACGACCAGGGGGAGUCCUUGAUCAGAACAGCCUUCCAGUGCCUCCAGUUGGUGGUAACAGACUUCCUACCCACAAUGCCUUGCACGUGCCUCCAGAUCGUGGUGGACGUGGCCGGCAGCUUCGGCCUGCAGAACCAGGAGCUCAACAUCAGCCUGACGUCCAUCGGGCUGCUGUGGAACAUCUCGGACUACUUCUUCCAACGGGGGGAGGCCAUCACCCUGGACCUGGAGCGGGAGGAGGCGGCGGUGCAGAAGCAGGCCCGGGAGCGCGGCGAGACCCUCAACCGGCCCUUCCACCCCGCGCCGCCCUUCGACUGCCUGUGGCUGUGUCUGUACGCCAAGCUGGGCGAGCUGUGCGUGGACCUGAGGCCCGCCGUGCGCAAGAGCGCCGGCCAGACGCUGUUCUCCACCAUCGCGGCGCACGGCACGCUGCUGCAGCAGGCCACCUGGCACGUGGUGGUAUGGAAGGUGCUGUUCCACCUCUUGGACUGCGUCAGGCGCUCCUCCACCACCGCGGACAAGGAGAAGAUCGAGUCCGGCGGCGGGAACAUACUCAUCCACCACUCACGAGACACGGCGGAGAAGCAGUGGGCGGAGACCUGGGUGCUCACGCUGGCGGGCGUGGCGCGCAUCUUCAACACCAAGAGAUACCUGCUGCAGCAGCUCGGAGACUUCUUCAAGGCCUGGGAGGUUCUGCUGGACCACAUCCAGUCGGCCGCCCUCAGCAAGAACAACGAGGUCUCCCUCGCAGCCCUCACGAGCUUCCAGGAGAUCCUGCAGAUCGUCACGCCCGUCCGGGACUCGGACCGGCCCAUGGACGCCCUGGCCUCCCUGGGGGUGCCCCCCGUGCUCAUCGACCCCCUCUCCGCCUCCGGCCCGGGCAGACCCCUGGUGCGCUCCGACUCGCUGGUGGAGCGCCUGACGCGCUACAACGGCGCCGAUCCGCAGGCCCCGCCCCCCGGCGAGGAGUCUGCGCUGGAGGACUCGGCGCUGUGGUGGUCGGCGUGGAACACCUGGUUCCGGACGGGCACGGACAGCACGCGGCCCCCGCCCGCCGCCGGCACCGGCACCGGCACCACCGCCUCCGCCGCCGCCGCCGCCGCCGUCCCCCCGGAGAAGCACUCGUUCGUGCCCAGCCAGCCCUUCCUCACGGCCCUGGUCCAGAUCUUCCCGGCGCUCUACCAGCACAUCAAGGCGGGCUUCAGCAUGGACGACCUGCGCAAGCUGGGGGUGAUCCUGCACGGGGCCGUGUCGGUGCCCAUCAGCAGCGACGCCUCGCCCUUCAUCCUGCCCUCCUACACCGAGGCCGUGCUCACCAGCCUGCAGGAGGCCGUGCUCACCGCUCUGGACGUCCUGCAGAAGGCCAUCUGCGUGGGCCCUGAGAGCCUGCAGGUCAUGUACCCGGCUAUCUUCCAGCAGCUCCUGCUCUUCGUGGAGUUCUCCUGCAAGCCGCCCCAGUACGGCAAGAUGGAGACCAAGCACGUGGCCAAUGCCAAAUACAACCAGAUCCAACUGUUCGCUCCGGCGGAAUGGGUGGCCUUAAACUACGUGCCCUUCGCCGAGCGAUCCUUGGAGGUGGUGGUGGACCUGUACCAGAAGACCGCCUGCCACAAGGCCGUCAUCGGCGAGAAGGUUCUGCAGAACAUCGUCAAGACCCUGAGGAUCCCUCUGGGUCUGAAGUACUCCUGCCCGUCGGAGAGCACCUGGCAGCUGGCCGUCUCGUCCCUGCUCAAGGUGCUGUCCAUCGGGCUGCCGGUCGCACGCCAGCACUCCUCCUCCGGGAAGUUUGACGCCAUGUGGCCGGAGCUGGCCCACGCCUUCGAAGACUUCCUGUUCACCAAAAGCACCCCUCCGGAUAACUUAUCCAUCCAGGAGUUCCAGAAGAACGAAGCCAUCGACGUAGAGGUAGUGCAGCUGAUCAGCACGGAAGUGCUGCCCUUCGCUAACUUCAUCCCCAAAGACUUUGUGGGCCAGAUCAUGACCAUGCUCAACAAGGGCUCCAUCCACUCACAGUCCUCCUCCUUCACGGAGGCGGAGAUCGACGUGCGGAUGCGGGAGGAGUUCUCCAAGGUGUGCUUCGAGACGCUGCUCCAGUUCUCCUUCAGCAACAAGGUGUCCACCCCCCAGGAGGGCUACAUCUCCCGCAUGGCCCUCUCCGUGCUCCUCAAAAGGUCCCAGGACGUGCUGCACCGCUACGUGGAAGACGAGAGGCUCAGCGGCCGCUGCCCCCUGCCCAGGCAACAGGUGACCGAGAUAAUCUUUGUCUUGAAGGCGAUCAGCACUUUGAUGGAUUCACUGAAAAAGACCCAGCCGGAAAACGUGGACGGGGGUAUGUGGGCCCAGGUGAUUGCCCUGUACCCCACCCUGGUGGAGUGCAUCCCCUGCUCCUCGUCAGAGGUGGGCCUGGCCCUGAAGGAGGCCCUCGGGCCCUUUAAAGACUUUAUGCAGCCCCCCGUCUCCAGAAUCCACAACGGGGAGUCCUGACCAGGCUAGCCCGGCUUUUCUACCCCGUGGGCGGGCGCUGGUUGGCGUUUCUGUUUCCUUUUCUCCAACGGAGCAUUCAUGAAUGUCUUUCUUGACCCGAUCCCACACUGGCUCAUCCGCUCUUACACACACCCACACAGGUACACAUACACACACACACACACACACGCGCGCAUACACACACACAUACGCACGCGCGUACGCACGCGCGUACACACACACACACACACACACACACACACACACACACACACACACACACACACACACACACACACACACACACACACACAGGUAUACACUAAUACAGGUACACACACAUUCACUCACACACAAACAUACGUGUGCACACAAACACACACAUACAGGUAUACACACACACUCGCGCGUGCACACAUACACACACACGCACGUGCAAACAUACACACACACAGGUAAAUACACACACACAGACACACAAACUACCCACGUCAUGUGGACAGACUCUGAAUCCGAAGUGACCCGCGGUCAUGUCAGACGUGAACCCUGCUCUUACCGCUCUGACAUCUGAUGACUUGAUCUACUAAAACACCGAGGACCCCGCCUCUCUCACUCCGACGCACACACCGAGGAAAGAAACUCACUCCAGCAAACCCCAGUCAUGGUGACAGAAACAAGAGAAACGCUGUGUGUCCUUUGGAGAAUUGUUUUAUUUUUUCCUAACUGAGGAAACUAUGUACAGUGUGUGGUGUGGUGGUCAUGAUGUAAUUAAAUUAAAACAAAAUUAAUAAUAAUGAUAAUAAUAAUGAUACUUGGGCUUUACUGACUGAACAGACUUUUGCACCAUUUUCAACCAUGUGGGAUUUAUGCAAGAGUAAAAAGCAGUGUUUACUGUCACAUUCCAUGUCGUCAUUGGUCAGCCAUUGGAGGAAGGGAUGUUCUUGUCUGCGUAAAAUAAAUGGGACAGUUCUACAAACAACUCGCCAUGUUUGCUUGAUUGUGAACUAUUGCUCUUUGUUUGGCUGUGAUGAUUUGCAUUCAUAGCCACCUCCAUCAAAGUGUUUUUAUUAUUGCAAUUGAUAUUAUCAAUGGAAAAUGCAGUUUAAAAAGAAAUCUCAUGAAUGGAGCAAUUUAUAGUUUGGCAGUGUCCAUUCGCAGAGGGUAUUCACUAAUGGAUUUAACCUAUGGUUGUUUGUAUGAUGAUUUGCAUACCGACGUGUUACAAUAACACUGAUAUUCAUUUCAUCCGAGAAAGAUAAUGAAGGUGAAUCAACAUCCAAACACUGUGAACAAUAUACAACAUUUCAGUAGUACGGCAUAAUAUUGCAACAUCUUAUUAAAUAAAAUAUAUAUAUAAAUGCAUGCAUUAUUGGAUCUUUUUUACAAUUGGUCUGGAGAAAAAU